UGUAGGUACAGACGGAUCCUAGAAAAGUGGCUUCUCCGUUUCUUCGCUGAGUCUUGAAUGUGUGAAAAGUAUCCGGAGGGUUUCAGCAUCUUCCAGGUCUUCCUGAGGAGGUCCAGCAGCUUUCUGUGAGUAAAGAAGAGGUUCCUCUGAAGCAGCAGAGGGGAAGAGCUCCAGGAUGAACCAGGAGAUCACUGAGCCUCUGCACAUUAAAGAGGAGCCAGAGGAACUGUGGAGCAGUCAGGAGGGAGAGCAGCUUCAAGGGCAAGAGGAGACACAUAUCAAGUUCACUUUUGAUCCAGUCCACGUAAAGGAUGAAGAUGAUGAAGACAAUCCUCAUGGGAUACACGCUGAACAGAUGGAAACAGGAGCUGAUGGGGAGGAUUGUGGAGGAGCAGAGGUAGCCAGCAGCUCUUACCCAGACAGAAAUUUACAGCUUGAAAAACUGGGUAAGACUGAGGACCCCUCAGACCCUGAGACUGAUGACAGUGCUGAUUGGAGGGGGACAACAGAACACCAGUCAGAUUUAAACUCAGUAGAAGACAACAAAAAUAAGAGGAGAGAGACUGAUAAGAAAAUGCUUUGCUGCUCUGAUUGUGGUAAAAUAUUUAAAUACAAAUAUUGUCUUACAAAACACAUGAGGAUUCACACAGGAGAGAAACCCUUCAGCUGUGCUGAGUGUGGUAAAGGAUUUAACCAAAAGGUUACUCUUACAGAACACACGAGAAUUCACACAGGAGAGAAACCCUUUGGUUGCCUUGAGUGUGGUAAAAGAUUUAACCAUAAGAAAUAUUUGGCAAAACACAUGACCAUCCAUUUGGAAGAGAAACCGUUCAGCUGCUCUGUGUGUGGUAAAGGAUUUAACCAAAAAAUUACCCUUACAGAACAUAUGAGAAAUCACACAGGAGAAAAACCCUUCAGCUGCUCUGAGUGUGGUAAAAGGUUUAACAAACAAUGUAAUCAAAAAAUUCAUAUGAGAAUUCACACUGGAGAGAAACCCUUCAUCUGCUCUGAGUGUGGCAAAAGUUUUCACACACAUUGUAAUUUACAAAAUCAUAUGAUAAUUCACACCGGAGAGAAACCCUUCAUCUGCUCUAAGUGUGGUAAAAGUUUUAACAAAAGCAUAAACCUGAGCAGACACAUGUUGGUUCACACUGGGCAGAAACUCUUGAGCUGCCCUGAAUGUGGUCAGAGAUUUGGCCUGAAAAAUAAUCUGAGAAGACACAUGGGAAUUCAUUCAAGAGAGAAACCCUUCAGCUGCUCUGUGUGCAGUGAAGAAUUUCGCCUUAAAGGUCUUCUAACAAAACAUAUGAGAAGUCACCCCGGAGAAAAACGCUUCAGUUGUUCUGAGUGUGGUGAAAGAUUUAUCAAAAAAUGUCAGCUGAGGCCCCACAUGAGAACUCAUUCCAGAGAGAAACACUGCAGCUUUUCUAAAUCUGGCAAAGUAUUAAACAAGCAAAGUAGUAGGAACAGAAACACAGUAGUUCAUACAAGCACAUCAGAAUUAACACCAGAGAGAAACCCUUUGACUGCUCCGCUCUUAAUGCUCUAAAAGAUUUAACAGAAACUCCUUUCUGAUAUUCCUUCAGCUGCCGUUACUUUUAGGGGUGAUUUCAGUUAAGAAUUCAUAAAGGUUGGUGGUUAGGCUUCAGAACCGUUUUAAAAUCCAAACAGAGGCAGA